GUGAAAGUCAAUAUACACGCCCCUGGUUUGGUUGACAUAACUUAGUACCAAGUCUUCCUAUGGCUAACUCUCAUUAUUUAAGGAUAACUGUGAACGCAAAACUGACAAGAUAAGAAUCCCAACACACGAAUUAAUUUUCCUAACCCAAAAACAAAAAAAAGUGAUGGAGUGUGCAACGGAGAGAAGCAAAAUACAAUUGAUAUAUGAUGCCUGUAAUGCUGUUUUUUCUCAGAAGGAGCUUCCAACCUAUAAACAAAUUCAAUGGCUGAAAAAUCUCCUAGACAUAACUGAAGCCAUAGACGUGGGGAUUGAUGAAUUUGGCUCAUGUGAGUCUCCGACACCAAGUCCAAAAAGUGACAAGAGAUUGAUUGAUGGGCAAAGCGUCUCUGAGAUCACUUAUAUUCACAUUCAUGAAUGUGACAAUUUCUCUAUGGGAGUGUUUUGCUUUCCAGCAGGGGGGACAUUUCCUCUUCAUGAUCACCCUGGAAUGACAGUCAUAAGCAAGCUCCUCUACGGUUCUGUUUAUAUCAAAUCUUACGAUUGGGUGAAAGUGACAAAUUCUGGAGGCCGAACAUCUGGACUGGCGGCCACUGUAGUAGAUGGCAUUUUCAAGGCUCCGUGUGAACCUUCUGUCCUUUAUCCAAGAAGUGGUGGUAACAUUCAUUCUUUCACUGCAUUGACUCCUUGUGCUAUCUUGGAUGUGUUGUCUCCACCAUACUCUGAAGAGCUUGAAAGGCGCUCUACUUAUUUCUCAGACCUUCCUAUUCCUUCUCUUCAUGGCUAUGCAAUGCUUGAGGAAAAAGAUCUACCAAAUGAUCUAGUUGUUAUUGGAGAACCUUACCUUGGCCCCCCAAUUGUUAGCCAAUAUGACUUUUUGUCGGGUUGGACAGGGAUGUAGUAGUGUGCACGAUGCAGUAUGCUCAUAUUUUUGUGAAGUUUUGAGUACUACAGGAUGGCCCUAGAUGGGUUGUAUGGUGUAAAUAUAUGUAACGCAGGAACGAGUCAGAUGGGUUGGCCUGGCCUAUAAAAGACAAGUAGGAGCAAAUUAGUGAUGUAAAUCUUGCCAAAUAUUUGCCAACAAGCAAAUGAAUGUUGUUGAAAGCUCACCAUUUUAUACGUACAGCUGCCAUUGCCACCAGGGAAGUGGUAAUUUGAGUGUGACAUUGUUGUAUUAUUAUUAUUCUUUUCU